AAGAAUUAUCAAUAUCUUCUUUGACAAUGCUUUCAAACUUCUGGUUGCUCAUUUAUGUACUAACUUCGUCCUUCUUUUUCACUUCUCAUUCAUAUAAUAACAAAUGCCUUCGUGAUCAGGAAAUCUUGUUGCUUCAACUCAGGGAUGAGUUGAUCUUCAAUCCUACUCUUUCGACAAAACUGGUGCGAUGGAAUGAAAGUGGCAAGUGCUGCUUGUGGCAUGGUGUGGAAUGUGAUGCUUCUGGCUAUGUCGUUAGUUUGCAGCUUGAUGAUGAGGCCAUCUCUGGUGGAAUUGGUGAUUCAUCAAGUCUCUUCAGAUUUAAAUAUUUGCAGAAGCUUAACCUCGCCUACAAUGACAUCUACUCGACUCUUCCCAUUCCAAAAGGUAUCGGCAAUCUGACCUAUUUGACUCACUUGAAUUUGUCAGAUUCUGGUUUUAGUGGACAGGUACCCUUUGAAAUUUCAUUGUUGAAGAGAUUGGUUAGUCUCGAUAUCUCGGACAAUUUUGUGAAUCUUGAGCACCCAAAUUUGGAGAUGCUUGUCCAAAAUCUAACAGUGCUUAGAGAGCUCUAUCUUGAUCUUGUCAGUAUCACUUCCUUGCAUGAAAGGAAAAAUUGGGGCCAUAUUCUAUCAUCACAUUUACCCAACCUCACCUCUUUGAGCAUGGUUGGUUGUGAUCUGAUUGGCCCUUUGCCUAAAUCCUUUUGGCAACUUCAUUCCCUUUCUAUUCUUCGACUAGAUGUGAACAAUCUUUCAGCCGUUGCACUUGAUGACUUGUUCAUUAAUUUUCCAAGUCUGACCACCUUGACUCUUCGUGACUGCAGUUUGAAGGGUUCUAUACCAUCCACCUUUGGUAACCUAACAGAGCUGAUUCAUGUCGAUUUGUCAUUUAACUCCUUGACAGGCUCACUUUCUCCUGCUAUAUUUGAAGGUCUUUCCGAACUCGUUUAUCUAAAUUUGGGGUCCAACUCAUUCUUUGGUAACAUUCCCCGCUCUCUUUUUGCUCUCACUUCAUUGUUGGAACUUCAUCUUAGUGACAACCAAUUUAAUGGCACUUUUCAACUCGAUAACUUUCGAAGCCUUCCCAAUCUGACAUUGCUUUCUCUAUCCGGGAAUAGCUUGUCAGUAGAUGUUGGCAACUUCAAUUCGAGUUCAUCUGGUGGUCUCCAAUUAAAAGUGUUACACCUAGCUUCAUGUAACUUGUCCAAGUUUCCCGAUUUCAUCAAAUAUUUGGAUCUUGAAAGAUUGGGUCUCUCAAACAAUCAUAUUGGAGGGGAAAUACCUAGUUGGGUUUGGGGAGCACAACUUGAGCAUUUGGACCUCUCUUUUAAUCUUUUUACACAUAUGCAAAAGCCUUACCUCAUCCCUGCUUCUCUUCGAUCUCUAAGCUUGGGCUCUAACCAGCUUAAGGGCAAGUUGCAGCUAUCCAUUCCACUUGAAUCUCAACUUAAAUACAUACACAUUGCUAAUAACAGCUUAAGUGGCGAGUUGCAGCUACCCAUUCCAUUUAUGUCUAAUGUACAGGACUUGGUUCUUGCUGAUAACAAUUUAAGUGGAUCAAUUCCAACCUCCCUUUGCAAUGCCACACACCUCCGCUCUCUUGACUUGUCUGGAAAUAUAUUAAGUGGCAGCAUACCCCCUUGCCUACUUGGAAACAUUUUUGCACUCGAUCUGAGUCGAAACAACAUCAGCGGUAACAUUCCAGAUGAUUUUUCUAUGGGUUGUACGCUACUAUAUAUUAAUCUUAAUAAUAAUAGUUUAGAAGGGAAGAUCCCAAAGUCCCUCAGUAGCUGCCUGUUGUUGUACAUGGAUGUUGGGAACAACAUGUUGAGCGACACUUUCCCGUGCAUGCUAGCACCGAACUUGCUUGUUCUUGUUUUGCACUCCAAUAGAUUCCAUGGGUACUUAAGAUGUCACAUCAAUUGGCCAAAUCUCCAAAUUCUAGACGUAUCAUCAAAUAAUUUUAGUGGAAGUCUAGAAUCAAUCAAUUUCUCUAGUUGGACGGCUAUGAUGCUACCUAGCGAUGGAAAUUUGAGAGGCGGCACUUAUAAGUCUAUCGUGACAUUAACUAUGAAAGGGCAAGUCGUGGAGCUUCCCUACAUUCGGUUCGACUUUUGUACCAUUGAUUUGUCUUCCAAUAAUUUUUAUGGAAAGAUACCAAAUGCAAUUGGUGAUCUUACCUCACUUAAUCAACUCAACUUCUCCCACAAUUCCCUCAAUGGAAUCAUCCCAAAAUCAUUUGGUCAACUGAAGAAUCUCGAAUCACUCGACCUCUCAGUGAACCAACUAGCAGGCCCGAUUCCGGAGGAGCUUGGAGGGCUGACAUUCCUUUCAAAAUUGAAUCUCUCCUACAAUAAGUUUGUUGGAGCAAUCCCAAAAGGGCGGCAAAUUCAAACUUUCUCAGCUGAUUCAUUUCAAGGAAAUCCGGGGCUAUGUGGUUUCCCUCUCGACAUAAACUGCAUUAAUACUAAUGUGCCACCACCGGGAUUUGAUGAAAAUGGGGAAGAGAAGAGGGAGAUAGAGUGGGAAUACGUGUGUGCUGCAGUUGGAUAUGUUGUGGGAGUAGGAAGCAUCGUGUGGCUGCUUUUAUUCUGUCGAAGCUUCAGAGAGAAAUACUUCGGCAAAAUAGAAGAGUUUGUUGAAGACAUGUUCAUUGCUAGAGACAUGAGAAGAAGACGUGCAAGAAGAGCAGCAGCAGCAAUGAAUCGAGUCAGGAGGCAGUAGUGUUGGAAAUGUUGCAUGUGUUUUAUGUAAGAGAGUGAAAUAAAAAGGGUUUUAGCUUAGCUUAUGCGGCAUCCUUUGUGUUUGAUUGUGUGCAAGUUUUUAUCUUAAAGUUUGUGGGUUGUAAUGAUAUGAAGAAUGGAAUGAAACUUCAAGUCAUUCCUAUGUAUUGAAUAUCAGCCUUUUUUGAGUUAA